AUGGGUGUGUUGACGGGCGCUGCCCGCGUGAGCCGUGCGCGUGGGCUGGUGGAGUCGGUGAUCUGGCUGCACGUCGGCCGCAGCCCGACAGCGAGGGUAGCCGGCGCCGACGCCGGCCUCCAGAUCAGAGACUCGUACCUGACGGGGGUGCAGUGGGUGGACGAGGCGACGGUGGCGGUGACGUCGAUGAGCCGUGCCCUGACCUCGGCCCAGGUCAGCCUCUGCACCGCGCCCGCCUGGCACUGCAGUGAGGUGUACGCCGCUGCCAACUGGCGGUGGGUGAGCGAACUACAGCCUGUGUUCGCCACCGGCUACUCUGAUUUCGUGGUUAAGACGGACGACACGGAAGAGCACGGGGAAGAGAUGGUGGAGGUGAUGGUGCAGGAAGGCGUCAAGAUCAGAAGCAAGGCUAGCGGACACCGGAUCGUGACACUGCAGUUCUGGGACCGGCAAGAGCACGGCAUUUACUACACGGGCGUGGAGGACACGCGGCCGUCGGAGACGCACCUGUACUGGCGGCCGGACUCCGCGGCCGGCCAGCGGGCGGGCGCCGCCUGCCUCACCUGCGGAGUCUCGACGCUGCUGGGCCGGCCCUGCAGCCGCCUGACGCCCAUCUUCGGCCCGAACAGCGACGCCCUGGCGCUGGAGUGCGCGCACGGGCCGGUCCGGAGUCUCCACGUGCUGGAUCGAGCCGUGACGCGCCGCCUGGCCGAGCUGGACAGCAGCCGGGCCCUGGCCGAGCGCAUGGCCGUGCCGCACGUCUUCAGCGAGACGGUGUCCCUGGGCGGCGAGUACGUGCGCCUCGAGCUCAUCCUGCCGGCACUGUGGGAAGAGAAGAAGGGAGGCACCUACUUGUAUCCGUUUGUGCUUGACAUCGAGGAUGACGUCCUGGAGCUGGACUGGAGCGUCGAGUUCGCAACGUUUAUGGUGAGCAAGUGGGACCUGGUAUUCGUCCGAGCGCGAGCCACGGCCCAGCUGAGCCACAGAAGCUUCUUCGGCAACCAGAAGAGAACGUCAGGUAUCCUCAGCCACCUAUCUCAGAAGUAUCAGUACCUGAACAUGGAGAGAAUAGCGGUGAUAGGGGAGGGUUUCGGCGGCCACUCAGCGCUGACCGCCCUGGCUGACAACGCUCUGGUACACUGUGGCGCCGUCCUGUGGCCUGUCGUCGAACUGGACCUUUACGAUGCUUACCAUGCGGAGAGAUACGUGGACACAACCAACAUUCUGGAUGCGAUCGAGCGGAUCGAUGACCAUUCCCUGUAUCUGGUUUACGGAACCGGAGAUCCGCUCUUUCUGCAUGGGGAUCUACUCUCCAAGAAGCUCGUGGAGAGAGGCGUCCUAUUUUAUCAGCAGAUUUAUUCGGACGAAGAUGUCUACUUCCGUUCCGUCCGCUCCCACCUCCACAGGUCACUGGAAGACUUCCUCAUCCCAAAGUGUUUCCCACACCUGAUGGCCAAGCAGACGGAAGAUGAGUGACAGCGAUGAGCGCUUGUGCGCACCUUGUGUGACACCCUGGGUGCGUUCUUUGCACCCUUUCACCAGCGCUGUGCGACUGCUGUGGAGCCUGGAGGAUUCGGGGGUUUGGUAUUGAAGGGUAACAGCCCAUGUCUGCUGCUGAUUCUGCGCUGAGAUAGCGGGCCCGAGUGAGGCCUCAGUGCAAUAUGAUACGGCUUGAGCCGGUCAUCCCGUUUUGCUCAAGGAGUAUGCGUAGAUCUAUUCCAUCGAUUACCAAAGUACAAGUAGCCUAAUGGUCGCUGUCUUUUCAUAACCAGUGCGGUGCCGGUGAUGCUCGUGUGAAUGCAACAUGGCAUGCUACUCAUCAUUUUUAA